ACACAGGGCUAUACACAUUUUUUUGGUCUGAAUUAAUCGUGAAUCGGACACCAAUCUGAUUUUGCAGGGAUAUAUUAUCCAUUCAUGACUGUUUCAGUUUUAACCUUUUUAUAAUGAGUUGAUGGACUUCACCAUUCUUACAAGCAACUAAGAUGGCAGCAAUACAACCAGGAGAAGAGCAAAGUGAAGAUUCAGAUUUGCGUCCACUCAUUAGCCACGAGCAACGUAGAUACACACACCAAUAUGAUACAUUCACUGUAUUCACUGGCUCCACUAAUGAGCUUAGAUUUAUUAUGCUCGGCGGUGAUGAAGACCGUAUGGAUGCUGCAUGUGACAUCAUUCUUAGGGAAAGAGCCAAAAGAACUGAAAUACGGAACAGAAAAGGUCAUGUGUUUGGCAGAAAGAUCUGUGUGGUGAAAACACCUUCCACCUGCAUGAGUCAUAAGGCAUCACGUUGUUGCUUUGAAUCAAGAGACAAAUCUAUGAAAGAUGAGAUGGUAGAUUAUGCAUCUCAGGUCUUUCCUGGACCGCAUGCAUUUCUGUUAGUGGUCAACAACAGGAAAGUGACUGAGAAGGAGCAUAAUAUUUCAAAAGAAAUUGCCAACGUGUUUGGCAAAGAAGCUCUAGACUAUGUUGUGUUAUUGAUCAUUGGAAGAACUGAACCGAAAGGGAUCGACAGUGUCAGGAAGCAUGUGAAUAGGUGUUAUACAUUAGAGGACAAUGAGCAAAGUGUUCAAGGUCUAUUCAGAGAAACUGAAAUAAUGACACAAAACAAGGAAUCCACAUUCUUUAUUCAGUCAUCAUAUGAAAAACUCAUGAAAAAGGCAUUUUUAUCAUGGGAAAAGGAAAAACAGGCAGAAAUGAGAAAAGAAAAUGAGAGACUUUUAAAGAAGAAAGAAGAACAGCACUCCGAAAAAGUGAAUGAAUUAACAGAAAAGUUCAGAAUUAUUGAAAACAAACUAAGAAACGACAUAGCAGAAAAAGAUGACCAGCAUGCACAAGACAUGCUUAAAAUAGCAGAAACAGAGUAUAAUCAAAAGAGAGACAAAGAGACUUUGAAAUGUUUCAUGAUUGAUCAUUUUAUACGCAUAACCAGUCAGCAUGCGGUGCAACCGGUCAUUUCAAGUUCCCAUGAGAAUCCACUGAUUAAAAAAUUAGAGGCAGACAGUGAGACAAACCCAAGAAAUAUAUUUUCUUCAAUUAUUGAUGAUCUGGUAGGCAAGUUAAAGACUUCUGAAGAGACUGAGAGCUACUUGUUUGAAACUUUUCUUCAGCGCGAGAAUGAACAGAAAAAUAAAACUGAAGAACUCCAAGAAGAAGUUGAGCAACUCAAAGCAAAGAAAAGUGAGCUAGAAAAGAAACUGAUGGAAGCAGAUGAAAGAGAAACAUGGGCUAGUAAACAGGUGGAGGAAACACUAGAUAGAAAUCUGCCCACAGAUUUGGAUAAACUUCAAGGGGUUCUGGAUAGACAAGACAUACAAGAGGAGCAUAAAGAGAAAACACAUGUAAUCAGUGGAUCAGGACAUGAGUCAACUUCACCUGUCUUAUCUGAAGAAAAUAAAGACAGACCUCUAGAUAAAACAGUGAGAGAGAUAAAGAGCAGAAAGGAAGAUUCACAAGCCAGUGAAUCACACAACUCUGGAGGCUUCAAACUUGUGCGACGGAAGAGUAUUAACAAGCCACCCGAUAUGUCUGAAGAUCAUAGUGGAAAUAAAGAUUCACAAGCCAGCGGAUCAAUGACUGGAAGUGAACAUGGACAUCUACAUAUGGUUUUCUGCUUAAAACAUUACACUCAAAAUGUAAUAAAACACAGAGAGAAAGAAUUACAUGCCAAAGAAAAAGAGCUGCAUGACAGAGAGAGAGAACUGGAUAGAAGAGUGAAGAAACUGGCUGACAGACAGAGAAAUCUGAAUGAAGUACAGAAGCAGCUGGAGAUCAGAGAGAGAGAAGUGAGACAGAGAGAUGUGCGAUCCAGUGAACAUCAUCAGACCACAGCAGAUACUCCCUCUGAAUGCGAAGGACAGCCGAAGAGCAGAGAUGAUUCACAAGCCAGUGAAUCUCUUGGUGGUGAGGGAUGGAAACAGCAAGGAUUUAGAGCAGGCUGGUCAACACAGAUGACUACAUAAUCUCUGAUCAUGUGAUUGAGCAUCUGGAUUGUGAGGUAUUCCACACUCACAGAGGGAAAUACGCUUCUGAGGACCGGCACUCUUCUGGAUCUCUCCUCUCCUGACUCAGAUGCUAGUUUGUGACUGAUUUUUAUAUGAGUAUCUGAAGCUGUUUACUGUUGUGGAUCUCCUGAAAAAAUCUCUAGAACAUGAUGAUAACAAACAGUUGUAUGUCCUAAGCUUGUUGUAAACUGGGAGCAUUGUAGGGAGGGGUGCUCUUUCUUUUGCACUAUCCUUUUCUCAUGUGUAUGAGUAGUGAGGGAGGUAAGACUAUGUUGUUCAUUUCUAUUUUCUUUUCUAGGUAAGAACUGGCAUCUAAGUUAGUUUGGUUUUUAUUUUGAGCAUGUUCCCCUCCUGAAGCCUUUUUGAUACUCCCUUCAUUAUAUUAAUAAACCUUUUCUUUUUGUUAAGAA